AUGGCUGCACGAAGCUCAAGCUCGUCUCGAAUCCCAUCUUCGUCACAAGGUAGGCUGCUACUUUGUUCCCAUGGUGAGAAGCCGGUGUUGCGAAUCUCGGGGACCAAGGAGAACCCAGGUCGCAGAUUUUGGGGUUGUGUCUACUUUGAGGUGCAAGAAGGCUGCAAUUUUUUUCGUUGGGCAGAUCCAGAUACAGAGGUGGAGUAUUCAGAAAUUGCUAGGUUAAGGAAGAAGCUUUCGAUGAUGAAAUCAAGAACUAAAGUGGCAGAGUGGAAGCUGAAGUUCGUUGCAGUGUUAGGGUUUUUUGGGUGGGUUGGGUUUGUAUGUUUGCUGUUGCAGAGUUGGUCUAAAGCAACGCAACAGUGUCUCAUUCCAUUGAACCUGGUAUGAAACAUGUGUAGGUGUAUUAUGCUGUU